AUGAGAAUACAGACUUCCAACAACGUAGCUAUCGCUGCAUUAUUUGGAGCUUCGGCUCUUGCAGUAGAUCCUUGUACCCAUGUACCAGCACUGGCAAAACAAAUCGCCGGAAUAAGUGUGACAUCGGCGUCGUGGACCUUGAAAAAUGAACUGGCCGUCUCAGGUUGGAGUACGGAUGCAGCGCUCCCGAAUCAAUAUGCGUUCUGUCGAGUGAAGGGCCACAUUGAAUAUAGUGGCAACAACUCGCUUGCGUUUGAAUUGUGGCUACCCGAGCAGGAUUCAUAUAAUGAAAGAUAUCUUGUUGCUGGUAAGGUAAAGCAUCCUGUUCGGAGCAAGAACCAGACUGAUUUCACACGAACAGGAAAUGGAGGCCUUGCGGGAACGAUUGAUACAUCUGCUAUGAUCUUGAAUCUCAACCGAGGUUAUGCGGUGGCAGCAGGAGAUUCCGGCCACGAUGUCGCUCUGAACGGCAACGGCACUACUCAACCAGGACAAUAUAUCUCUUUCUUGAAUAGCCCAGCCCAGACAAAGGCUUGGAUUCAUAACUCUAUCGCCAUGUUGACACCGCCGACUCGGGAGCUGUCCGCCUUAUACUACGGAUCGAAGCCAAGUUUCAGUUAUUUCAGUGGAUGUUCAACCGGUGGAGCCCAAGGAUUUGCACUCGCACAAUUGCACCCUGACCUCUUCGAUGGAAUCUAUGCUGGCAGUCCUGGGAACUGGUAUUCACAUUUGAUACUUUCAUUUUUGUGGAACGCCAAACACACAAAGGGCGAUGCAUUCCUAAACCAAUCCGUUCUAAACUUUACCACAAAUGCAAUCCUAGCAAAAUGUGACGGCCUUGAUGGCGUUGUCGAUGGACUUAUCGAAAAUCCACUCAAUUGCCCAUUCAAUAUCCGCUCGCUGGCAUGUCCAGAUUCAUCCAAGGCAUCCAGGACUAAUGUGACAUGUCUGACUCAACCCCAAAUCAAAGCCAUCGAAGCCAUCUACGCAGGUCCCACAGACAGCCGUAACGGGGAUGUAAUCUACCCGGGUUACACGCUCGGAAGCGAAAAGGAGUGGCUCCUCCAGGAAACGUCCUUGUAUCUGAACUACAGCACUCCAAUCCUGCAAAACCUGGUCUUCAACAAUGUGUCAUUUGACGUCAGCCAGUUUGAUUUCGGAGCGGAUGUUGAUAAAGUUGAUGCUAUUGCCAGUCCACUCAUUGAUGGCAUUAGUACGGACUUGAGUGCUUUCAGAAAACGGGGUGGGAAGAUGAUUGUCACGCAAGGCGAGCUGGACGGAUCCUUACAAUGGUGCCAUUUGGCCCAUUAUGCAUCUUGGGCAAUUGCAGAAUACCACAGCAAAUGGAAACGUGUCCGAAUUUUUCAAUCUGUUUAUGAUUCCCGGUAUGUCCAAAUUCACAAAGGGUUUUCAUUCCAUGUUAACGCUAACGUCACUUUCCCGAACAUAGGUGGUGGGCACUGUGGACCGGCAUCAUCUUUUCCCUCCGCACCGUCUACAUACGAUACCGACGAUGCACUCCGAGCCUGGGUGGAGAAUGACACAUUCCCUGAGUCGAUACUAACGUCUCGACCUUUGGAUGGAUCGAACCGCACCAGGAAGAUUUGCCCAUGGCCUCAAAAUGCUCGCCUGAAGAGCCCU